GGGCUCUCGUAGGAAGCCUGUCUUUUCAGCAACGUUCCAAUAUUCCGCCCUUGUGUGUAAUUUACGCGAGUGCGUAAUCCAUUGUUUAUCAUGUCUGAUAAUUUGAGAUUUGAAUAGUUUUGCGAUAAGAACUGUGGCGAUUUUCGAGCAAAUUUUGAUUGACUAUGAUUUUUGGGGCGGUUUUGGAGCACCUAAAAUGAACAAUGAAGAGAAAACACAACUCAUCACAUCAGCAUGCGACAGGGUACUAUGUAGCAAAAUCGCCAUCCACCUGGCCAAUAUACAGCUUAGUUGGUACUUUGGCUGUAACCUGCUACUUGAACGGUAUCGACGGUGAUUUUGUGCACGAUGAUAUUCCUGCAGUGACAUUGAACAAAGACGUGUUGGCAGUGAAUCAUGUGGAAAGUGUUUUCAAAAAUGACUUUUGGGGUACACCAAUGGCUGAUGAGAAUAGCCAUAAAAGUUAUAGGCCUUUGACUGUUCUAACUUUCAGAGCUAAUUACUUAUGUUUUGGCCUCACCCCAGCGGCGUUUCAUCUAACAAACGUUGCACUGCACGCAGUGGCGUGUCUGCUCUUUACCAAGGUGUGUUUGUGCGUGGCAAAGCUCAAACCACCUUUUGCCGCUUUGGCUGGAUUGAUGUUUAGUGUUCAUCCUAUACACACUGAAGCGGUCACGGGCAUCGUUGGAAGAGCAGACGUGUUGGCUUGCGUGUUCUUCCUGUUGUCACUUUUAGCUUACCAUGGGAAAUCCUCUGAAGGGCACCAUGUAUGGAUCAGUGUAAUAAUGGGUGCCAUGAGUAUGAUGGCCAAAGAAACUGGAAUCAUGGUAUUUUUCAUAAAUUUGGGUUACGAUUUUUACUUGCAGUGGCCAAAUAUUAAGAAAACAAUUAACGAGGUGCGGUGGAAUCGGGAAACUUUGGAGUUUAGUUCGAGGGCGAUACGAGUGCUGACGUCGACGGGGUUCAUGUUGGCAUUGAGGUUGGCUAUUUUGCAAGGAUCUUUGCCUAGAUUUUGCGAUCAAGAUAAUCCUGCCGCAUUUCAUAGUUCAUUGUACGUGAGAUUUUUAACUUUUUGCUACAUAUCAGCAAUUAACGUAUGGCUCAUUUUGUGUCCAGCUACACUCUCACAUGAUUGGCAAAUGGGCUCAGUACCUUUGGUGACGUCUAUCAGUGACUUUAGAAAUUUUGUAACCUGUUUUUUCUUUGGUUUGGUGAUUUUGUUGACAUUGAGGAGCAUUAUGGACUUUGAGGCUUUACGUCAUCCUCCCUUGAUAUUGGGCCUUCUUCUUUUGGUGCUGCCUUUUCUGCCAGCGUCCAACCUGUUUGUAACUGUAGGGUUUGUCAUAGCAGAAAGAGUACUCUAUAUUCCUAGUUCAGGAUGUAUCCUUUUAGUAUCCUAUGGAAUUCAAAUUCUUUGGACAAAUUGCUCAAAACACAGGCAAACAGUUUUAUGUUUCAUCAUACUAAUUUUAGUCAGUAGCUUUUUACGUACAGUAAUUAGGAAUAAGGAUUGGAAGUCAAGGGAAUCGUUAUUACGGGCCGGACUUCAAACGCUACCUCACAAUGCCAAAAUGCACUAUAACUACGCCAAUUUUCUACGUGAUUCCUCGUUUCCAGAGCUAGCAAAAUCCCAUUAUUACAUAGCCCUAAGGUUAUGGCCUACAUACGCAAGCGCACACAAUAACCUAGGAACUAUUUUGAACAAUAAAUAUGAAGCAGAGAAGCAUUUUUUAGCUGCCAUUAAAUACGCCUCAAACCAUGUUAAUGCCUAUUUUAAUCUCGGACAACUUUACAGGAAAAAUAACAAAACAGUCCAAUCGGAACUAAUGCUUAGAAACUGCAUCGAGCUAGAACCACAAUUCACUCCAGCUUAUUUGGAGCUAGCACGGUUAAGAGGACCCUAUCACCGAACCGUUUCUGGACUUUUAAGAAAGGUGGUAGAGCUUAAUCCGGAAGAUCCAUUCUAUGCUUCGAAAUAUGGAGAAUGGCUGUCCAAGAAAGGAAAUCACCUAGAGAGCAUAAAGUUUUAUUGGUUGUCCCUUAGAAUAUGCCCAAGUCACAGAGAUGCAGUGAUUGGUGUAUUUCGACAUUUGAGAAAGAUUGGACAAAAAGCCAGAAUGUUUCAAAUGCUGACAAGAUGGCACAAUUUGCUAAGGAAAAAAAACAAUAAAGUCAACCAAAACCUCUAUCUGCAUGAAUGGCAACUUAAAAGCGAACUCAGAUACAAAAUAAAGAAAUACGCAAUAACUUUGUAUGCUGAUAAUUUUUCAACAGAAUCUCCAACUGAAUAUAAACAACCAAAUAAUAAAUGGACUCUACAAAAAAUUAAGACAAAUAAUACGAAUGACAAAAAUUAUAAAAAGCAAACAAAACAAGUAAAAAAUAAAUUGGUAAAGGAUAAUAAAGUAAUUAAAAAUCGAUAUCCAAAUACUUUGGAUUUUUCUAAAAUGGCUCUACUUAGUUAUUGUUAAAUGUAAAUUUAUUUAUCAUCGUACAUAAGUACUUCAUUUUAGUUGAACAUUGUUACAAAACUUAAAUUAAUUGGUACCUAAUUCAACAUGUAAAAAAAUUAAAAUAUUAAUACCUACACAACAGCAAACCAUGUAAUUUUUGUAUAAAUAAUUUUUUUUAUUUAAGGGUUAGUUUAUAUUUUUUCUAUUUUAAAUUAGUAAAAAAAUAUUCUGUGAUUUGGAAUACAUAUUUACAAAGAAAAUAAAAUCAUACAACGAAAUAUAGAAAACAAAAAUUAUUACAUUUUUCUCUUGUUUGGUUUUUUUUUUUUUUUAAGAAAAUCUAACUAAACAAAUACAUUGUCAUGAAUAUUUAUAUUGUCGGGGCCAUUCUAAAGUAUACAAAAAAGAAAAACAAAACAAAAUUGUAGUCAAAUACAAAGGCAAAACAGGGGUAUUAUUAACUUGGAUGACAAAAUUUAAAUUCUAUUAUGAAUUAUUUAAUAAAUAGGUAUUCUACGAGCUAAGGCCAUUGUAAUCGUUUUUUUUAAAUAAAAAUUAUUUAUUUAAAAAAUAU